GUUCACUUCCCGAACUGUUUCGGAUUCCUCCCCCUGCGGCCCUGCCUAUAUACACGACUCCGUCGCCCUCGCCUCGUCGCCACGGUUCCCGUUUCUCUCGCCUCGCGCAGCAUCGGAGCACUAGCGAGGAAUCCAGUCCAGCCCCAGCAAUGGAGUGCGUCCUGGGCGUGGUCGGCCGCGACUUCGCGGUGGUGGCGGCGGACACCUCCGCCGUGCAGAGCAUCCUCGUCCACAAGACGGACGAGGACAAGGUGAUGGUCCUCGACUCGCACAAGCUGAUGGGCGCCUCGGGGGAGCCCGGCGACCGGGUGCAAUUCACGGAGUACAUACAGAAGAACCUCCACCUGUACCAGUUCCGCAACACCACCCCGCUCUCCACCGCCGCCACCGCCAACUUCACCCGCGGCGAGCUCGCCACAGCCCUCCGGAAGAAUCCGUACAUGGUCAACGUUAUACUUGGUGGUUAUGAUAAGGAUGUUGGCCCUUCCUUAUACUACAUCGACUACAUUGCAACCUUGCACAAGAUUGACAAGGGUGCUUUUGGGUACGGCUCCUACUUCUGUUUGUCGCUGAUGGACAAGCUGUACCACCCGGACAUGACUGUUGAGGAAGCAGUAGAUCUUGUUGACAAGUGCAUCAAGGAGAUCCGUCUGCGGUUGGUCGUUGCGCCUCAGAACUUUGUAAUCAAGAUUGUGGACAAGGAUGGGGCGAGGGAGUAUGCGAGGCGUGAGCUCGUCGGCGACAACGCAUCAGCGGGAGCUGCAGCAACUACAGUUGCUGCCUGAGGCAUGAACUCGUUGGAGCUUGCAUAUUGUUAAUUGUUUCUCAGCGCUGCUACUAUGUAAUCACAACAUACUUUGGGAUCCCAGAACUGUUUUUUUUAUCAAUUUUAGCCCAGACGUGUAACUCUGUUUCUGCACUUUUCAUGUCUUUGCCGAGUACAAGGUAGUGUUUCUCCCUUUA